AUGGAGAAAAUUUCGAUUCUUGGUUUCAUUUUAGCUAUUCUCUAUUUCAUAACAACAGAACUUGCAUGUAAUGGUCAUACCCGUAUCGACAACAAUGUUCAAUCUGAACAAAAGGCUCUUAUCGACUUCAAAAAUGGUCUCAAAGAUCCCAACAAUCGGCUUUCAUCAUGGAAAGGAAGCAAUUAUUGCUACUGGCAAGGAAUUAGUUGCGAAAAUGGCACAGGAUUUGUCAUUUCAAUUGAUCUUCAUAACCCUUAUCCUCGUGAGAAAGUAUAUGAGAACUGGAGCUCUAUGAAGUUGAGUGGAGAAAUCAGUCCUUCAUUGAUAAAACUCAAGUCUUUGAAAUAUCUAGAUUUGAGUUUCAACUCAUUCAAAGCCAUGCCAGUUCCUCAAUUCUUUGGGUCUUUGGAGAAUUUAAUAUAUCUAAACUUAUCGAGUGCUGGGUUUAGUGGAUCAAUUCCUUCAAAUUUAUGGAAUCUUUCUAGCUUGCAGUAUCUUGAUCUUUCUUCUGAGUAUCCCAAAUAUGUUGAUUUUGAGUAUUCUAAUGAUAUAUUUGUUCAAAAUAUUGAAUGGAUGAUUGGCCUUGUUUCCUUGAAGUAUCUUGGUAUGAAUUAUGUUAACCUUUCAUUGGUAGGAAGUCGGUGGGUUGAGGUGGCAAACAAGCUUCCAAGUUUAACUGAGUUGCAUCUAUGUGGUUGUAGCCUCUUUGGUUCAUUUCCAUCUCCAAGGCGCAGUAUCUCUCAACUAUUGAGGAAGAGUUGGAAAAAGAUAGAAGUUCUAAAUUUGGCUCAGAAUGAAUUACAUGGUUCAAUUCCAAGCUCCAUUGGAAGCUUUUGCAACUUAAAAUAUCUGGAUUUGGGGGGUAAUUACUUGAAUGGAAGUUUACCUGAGAUUAUCAAAGGACUUGAAACCUGCAGUUCUAAAAGUCCUUUGCCUAAUUUGACGGAAUUGAUCUUGUACGACAAUCAAUUGAUGGGAACAUUGCCGAACUGGUUGGGUGAGCUUAAAAAUCUUAGGGUACUCUUUUUAUCCAGUAACAAAUUUGAAGGUCCCAUCCCUGCUUCUUUAUGGACAUUGCAACACCUGGAGUAUAUGUAUCUUUCACGGAAUGAGUUGAAUGGAAGUCUCCCAGAUAGUGUUGGACAACUUUCUCAACUGCAAGGCUUGGGUGUUGGUUCCAAUCAUAUGAGUGGAAGUCUCUCUGAACAACAUUUUUUGAAGCUGAGUAAGUUGGAGUAUCUAUGGAUGGGCUCCAAUUGUUUCCAUUUGAAUGUUAGUCCCAAUUGGGUUCCCCCUUUCCAGGUGAAAUAUCUCUAUAUGGAUUCAUGCCACUUGGGUCCUUCAUUUCCGGCUUGGCUUCAAUCUCAAAAGAACCUCGAGUAUCUUGAUUUAUCAAAUGACAGCAUUUCAAGUCCCAUUCCAAACUGGUUUUGGAAUAUUUCUUUUAAUAUGUGGCAGUUAAAUCUUUCUCACAAUCAGUUACAAGGUCAGCUACCAAAUUCAUUAAAUUUUUAUGGUCAAUCAGAGAUUGAUUUCAGUUCCAACCUCUUUGAAGGACCUAUUCCUUUUUCAAUCAAAGGGGUCCUUUUUCUAGAUCUCUCCCAUAAUAAAUUUUCUCGCUUUUUUCCACCGAGCAGAGGUGAAUCCAUGUUAGGCUUGAGUUCCCUUCUGCUUUCAGAUAAUCAAAUAACAGGAUUCAUCCCUCUAAACAUAGGAAAAUCCAUGCCAAACCUGUCUUAUCUUUCUCUUUCAAGUAAUCAAAUAACAGGGGUCAUCCCAUCAAACAUAGGCGAAUCCCUACCCAACUUGGCUUUCCUUUCUCUCUCGGGUAAUCGAAUAACAGGGACCAUCCCAGAUUCCAUAGGACGCAUCACCAAUCUUGAAGUCAUUGAUUUUUCAAGGAAUAAUUUGACUGGAAGCAUUCCUUCUACCAUAAAUAAUUGCUCUAACCUUUUUGUGUUAGACCUUGGAAACAACAAUCUUUCUGGGAUAAUACCAAAGUCGUUGGGCCAGUUACAAUCACUCCAAUCACUGCACUUGAACCACAACGAGCUUUCAGGAGAGCUCCCCUCAUCUUUCCAAAAUUUAACAGGCUUGGAAGUUCUUGAUCUUAGUUACAACAAAUUGUUGGGUGAGGUUCCUGCAUGGAUUGGAGCUGCUUUUGUAAAUAUGGUAAUACUCAACUUGAGGUCGAAUGUGUUUUGUGGAAGACUUCCCUCCCAGCUUUCAAAUUUAAGCUCCCUGCAUGUCUUAGACAUUGCACAAAACAAUCUGAUGGGUAAAAUUCCAAGCACUUUGGUUGAGCUUAAAGCCAUGGCUCAAGAGCAAUUGAAUAUAUAUCGGUUAAAUGUGAAUGCCAGCUCCUUGUAUGAAGAACGAUUGGUUGUGAUUGCCAAAGGCCAAAGUCUUGAAUAUACCAAGACUCUUUCUCUUAUUGUAGGCAUUGACCUAUCCGACAAUAAUUUAAGUGGAGAGUUUCCCCAAGAAAUAACAAAAUUGUUUGGUUUAGUGGUUUUGAACUUGUCGAGGAAUCACAUCACUGGCCAAAUUCCUGAAAACAUUUCAAUGUUGCGACAAUUGUCAUCUCUUGAUUUGUCAAGCAAUAAGCUUUCCGGCACCAUUCCUUCAAGCAUGGCCUCAUUGUCAUUCUUGAGUUAUUUGAAUCUAUCAAAUAACAAUUUCUAUGGUGAGAUCCCCUUUAUAGGGCAAAUGACAACCUUCACCAAGCUGGCCUUUGUGGGAAACUCUGAUCUAUGUGGACCUCCACUGGCCACAAAAUGCCAAGAUGAAGAUCCAAAUAAAAGGCAAAGUGUUGUUAGUGACAAAAAUGAUGGUGGCUAUGUUGAUCAAUGGUUUUACUUGAGCGUUGGCUUGGGAUUUGCCAUGGGCAUCCUAGUUCCAUUUUUUGUUUUGGCAACAAGGAAAUCUUGGUGUGAGGCCUAUUUUGAUUUUGUGGAUGAGAUUGUCAAAUGGUUGUUGAGAGGAAGAGCAACCUAUGCCAAAAAUCAUCCUAGAAGGCGAUAA